AGAUCAUAGCAACAAGAAGAUCUUAUACUUAAGUCUUAUCUUUCUAGGAGAAAAUCAACUAACUUCUUGAGAGAAAUGGAUACCUUGAAUGUUUUUGCAAAUGAAGAUAAUCAAGCGAAUGUUGUGAAGCCCCCACCACGAAUGUGUCCAAGGUGUUAUUCCGAUCAAACAAAAUUCGGCUACUUCAACAACUACAAAACGUCUCAACCACGCUACAAAUGCAAGAAUUGUCGUAGACACUGGACUCAUGGUGGAGCUUUAAGGAACAUACCAAUCGGUGGAAGUUGCCGUAAAUCCAAGCUUCCAAAGAUAGAUCAAUCUUCAGUUUCUCAAAUGGCUUCUGUUGAGAUUCAACCAGGUAAUCAUCAACCUCUCAGCGAAAAUCAAGAAAACAUUUCAGUUAGUGCUGCUUCUUCAUCUGCUGCUAUUGGGAACCAUUUCGGUUAUUUUAGUGAGCUGCAUGGAGUAGCAAAUUUGUCUCCAACUCGAAGUUUUCUAACAAUGGAUCACUUAGAUUUCGGUGACGAAUCAUUUCAACAAGAUUUAUAUGAUGUUGGCUCUAAUGAUUUGAUUGGUAACCCUUGGAUAAACCAAUCAAUUGGUGGAUAUGUUGAUAAUCACAACGAUCAACGCAACAUCGGGGAAGGAUUCUCUUUCAUUAGCUGCUCCUCCUUAGAUGUCAUCUUGUCUGUUGUGCUCUAUCUUCAGAAGGUUGCGGUGGUCCUUGUUCCGAUAUGGCCUCUGGUUGGUGGUUGGAGUCUUCCGGCGCGUGGAUCCGAGGAGAUGUUUGGUGGUGGCCGUAGGAGGUUCAUCGACUCGGUUCCUCGAGGACAGCUCUGUUCGUUUUUCCAAUGGUCGUUUGUUUUCCUCAUCUGGAGACGAAUCGGUUGGUCUUCCUCCUCCAGUCGGUUCGCUUGUUUUCCUUCCGAAGUUAGGGUUUCUGUUGGCAUGUAUUUGUUUGGGAUUGAUCUUAAUUUCAGGCAGUUUUGGAUUCGAUUGGGUGGGCGUGAUGAUCGGUUGGUCGAGCCUGAUUUGUGUUUUGAUGGUUGGUGUUUCAGCAAGAUGGGUGUUCUUCAUCUACACAAGAUGGGGAGGGGGGAAGACUUCCAGUCGUUGUCGGGCUCAACUAGUUACUGGGCUCAGACGUUCGUGUUCGUGUUCAUGGUUGGCAAAGGACGGUCAGAGUUGUGGGACGCUCAGAUCGUUGUUAAAGUUGUCAGAGCUGCAGAAGGCGCUCAGACUGUUGUUCAAGGUUAUUCGAGCUUCAGAAGGCGCUCAGACUGUUGUAAAGAGGAUUACCCAAUCCCAGAUAGUAUUGAUCCUGCUUCGUUUUAUCUGAAAAUCCAAGAAGCUUUUAAGAAGCAAGGUUGUCAUAGGGAUGUGUCAAUCCAUGCUUAUGUUGAUAAAUGCUCCGAUGAAUUGCGACGUGAAUAUGAGGAAGCUGGGUUCCAUAUCGAAUUCAUUGCCCUAGGGGAUAAAGAUGCCAGAAUUCGUACCAUGUUUUUGGACAUGCUCUUGUGGACAUUUGAAAGUCCUAAACCAACAAAUGUGAUUUUACUCGCAAAAAACAUCGGAGAUGACAUUGGCCAUCUUCUUUGUAGUUUGGAUAUCAGACGUCAUGGUAUUCUCUCAUCCCAAACUCAACCACGAUGGCAAAUUCCUAGUGAAAGGCAUACAUGGUUUUUGACUAGCCUAUUCGAUGGCCCUAAUGGAAGCUCACAACGUCUUGACAAUAAGAAGACAUAUCCAAGGGAGAUUUGAUGUUUGGUUUCCAUAUAUAUGUAACGUGUUUAUUGUCUAUGAUUUUUAUGUGUUCCAAACAUUGACAUGUGGCUUUAAUUUCUCUCUCUUUUCUUGAUAUUGUCGACCAUUCCAUUCGCCUUCGUCACUGAAUUUGUUUUACUGUUGUUGCUGAAAACUGAAAAUUGGGAUUCGAGUUUUUCUUCGUAAUUUUCUUUUGGUUUCAAUCAUCCGAAAGCUGAAGCUAGAAGAUACGAGGAGUGGUUUGAAAUGAAAUCGCUGUGACUCC